AUGCCUUGUUCGGUGCGAAUUCUUAUUACUUUGCUAGUUGUGGUAUCUCUUAUGGUGAUUUAUGUUGCGGAGGCUAAGUCUAUUUUAUCCAUACUCGAACGUGAUCUUCAAGAGUCAGGCGACUGUGCUCCAGUAGGUGCUGAUUGUGGUGGACCAAAACCAUGUUGUAACAAAUGCCGGGUCAAUUGGGGUGGAGCUUGGUGUUCUUAA